GGGAACUCUAGUUUUAACUACUACGUGAUCAUGUAUCCCAGGUAAGUCUGGCGCGCACGUCUGGGAAGGGUUGCCAAUAAUGGCUGCCUGCUGAAAAACAGACCUGGCACUUAUCGUGUUGUUUAUGUAAAUGCAAUGACAUACAUAUUCAUGUAAUGACGCGAUGUCAUUCCUUAACUUGUCCAACCCGUUCUUUCUGGCACAAAAGAACGUCUUACGAAAACGAACUGUUUACUCCGUACUUUGUGCCCUAACCCUAACCCGAUCAAAGUUCUCAUUGCCUCUGAAGCUCAACAGACGAACUUCGAGACAGAUGGUUGAGCGUUUACAAGAGACCAACACCAAAGGUAAUGGUAGUGGCUGAAGUGCACUAGGAUUGAAAGAGAUAGGCCAUACGUAAUAACUGUAAACAUGGAGCAGCGAACGGUGGAAGUCCUGCAGCUGUCUGCCCAGGAGACAGCAGCUCUGAAGCCAGGCGUCAACUUGGUCAACAAAAACGUCGGAAACUUCAUCAUUUAUAAGGAUCCUACUCGUCCCGAGGAUCCGUACAAGGCUUGUCGCAACGUUUGCAGACAUCAACGCGGAGUCUUUGUGAAAGACAUUGAAGAUGCCACAUGCAACGUUGUGCGAUGUACCAAGCACAACUGGAAGCUGGACACAUCUACCAUGAAGUACGUCAACCCUCCUGACAGCUUCACACAAGAACUGCUCUUUCCUGAGCUAGACGAGGAGGGCAGGUUGGCACUGGUGGAGCUGCGCCCUCCUGAGCCGUGGGAGAGUGACGGCAGGCCCCCGCAGAGGAUUGGACCUGGGGAGGUGCAGGUGACCUUCUUCGCGCAUGCAUGUAUGGAGGUGAAGCUGGGAGACAAGAUCAUGUUCUUCGACCCAUGGCUAACCGGACCCGCCUUCGCCAGGGGAUGGUGGCUGCAACACGAACCGCCCGCUGAUUGGCUGGAGAGGCUAUCACGUGCCGAUCUCAUUUACAUAAGCCACGAACACUCGGAUCAUCUCAGCUACCCUACUCUAGAGCUGCUGUCGAAGAAGAACCCGGACAUCCCCAUCUACGUGGGAGACACGUCCGUGCCCGUGUUCUGUAGGCUGAAGCAGAGCGGGGUCAAAUUAAACUGCAUCAACAUCUGCAAGUUUGGGGUGUGGCAAGAGAUCAAUGCACACACGCGUUUCAUGAUCCUGAUGGACGGGGUGCAUCCUGAGUUUGACACCUGCAUCUUGAUCGACUACAAGGGCCACCUGAUCCUGAACACCGUGGACUGUGUGUCACCUAACGGCGGACGUCUACCCAAGAACGUGGACAUCAUGAUGAGUGACUUUUCAGGGGGGAAUUCUGGAUUUCCCGUGACAUUCUCAGGCGGAAGAUACACGGAGACAUGGAAAGAGAAGUUCAUGGAAAAAGACAGGAAGAAUCUGCUGUUCCAUAAGAAAGAAGUGGUUCGUGAGGUCAACCCCAAAGUCUACUGCCCGUUCGCCGGCUUCUUCCUGGAGGCACAUCCAACGGACAAGUACAUCCUGGACAAUAACCCCAAGAACAAACCAGAGCAACUUGCGGCCUUCAUCAACAGACACCUGGACUCCGUGAUGACGUGGACUCCCAAGCCCGGGUCCACCCUGGACCUGGCGCUGGCUCUUGGUGACCCAGCUGAUCGCAGGCUUGCAAUAGUGGACCCUCCCCCAUGGACUAAGCUGUACAAGGACAGCUGGGAGUUCGACUUCUACAUCAACAAGAUCAACGAGAGUAUAGAGAACGAGAUUUUUGCCUACCCAGACUGGAUACCGUUCUACUAUGAGUGGAUAGGGUUCAAAGACUAUAACCUCGUACUUCGGAUGAUAGAGACUGAUGACUACUUCAACUCCGUGGAGGGAGGUUACGACUUUCUUGUGGACUUCUUGGAUUUGUCCUUCCCUAGCCAGCGUCCUGCCAGGGAACAUGCAUACCUGGAGAUCAAGAACAGGAUCGGGGUCCACAGACAAACUGUUCUGCAGGGGCUGUUUUGGGACGACCUCUAUCUGGGCUUCCAGAACCGCCUGUCACGUGAACCGGACACGUUUCACUUCAAGUUCUGGAAUCACGUGCAGAUCCUGCUGUCUCUACAGCCGCCAGACUGGGAGGCUUUCCUCAGCAGGCAGAGGAAACUACACGGGAGGAAAUAUCCCAGAGCAGUGUGGAAACCGCCACACAGCACGAAAACCUCAGUCACCCGUCUGCUGGGAGUCCUGGUCCAUGCAAGGGUUCUUCUCGUUCCUGCGACCGUGGCUUUCCUGGCAGUAUUGGCCUAUAAAGUCCUUUAGAUUAACUGGCAAAACAAAAUAUCGCAACAGAGGAGUUUUGAAGGAAUCUAUUUGAGUCAGAUACUCCUGGGGCACAUCGUCAAAUCUCCAGUGGUCUCUAGUGUGUACUUAUUCCUGUUAUUCCUGUGACGGUGAUAGCUUCUUGUAAUCUUGCUGUUAAUGUUACUGAUUACAAGUUCAUAGAUGGAAGAUAGUUCAUAAAAUAAUUUUAACAUGUUAUUAAACAGGUUGUCUACCUCGUGAUUCUAUAGUAUCACAAUACGUAUUUGGAGAAAAUGUGUGAAGAUAUUAGCAUGUUGUUGGUUUAACAGGGUCAUGGCUACUCAGUGGUGGUGAUGUGGAACUAGAAAAGAGCUUAGUUCUACAUUAAAUAAUUAAAACAAUUUAAAUUUAUUGUUCACUGUGUGGACGCCAAAAUGUAUUAGAGUGACGCUUUAAACGUUGCUAAUUGAUUUAGAAGGGACACUAAAUCAUCCAGUUAAGACAUUUGCAACCGUCUCAUACUAGAAUGUGGAAAAUGUAGGACUGAAUAUUGUCAUUUACAUUCCAUGAUAGCAUACCCGAGACACGUUCUACAACGUAGGUAACGGUUACACGUUACAGAUUUCAUUUGUGUCUCUCAUCUGUAACGUGUAACCGUUACAGAUGAGAGACACAAAGGAAAUCUGUUCCAUGUAAAGCUUUAUCGUUGUCUUACGUUUCAGUUCCUAGAGCUACAUGCAGGUUUGAUGAGUGUCGAUGUAGAGUGAUGUUUGUAACAAAUGUGUUUUCCUCUUCAUAUGUUGGGUUUAUAGGCGAACACCAUUACUGGUAUAGGUAUAAUUGAAUAAUCUUUACUGUAUGUUCUUACCCAGGCCUAGAGGAUAUAAAACAUAGUAUUUAACAUCGAAACGUUACAUUCUAACGCUAAGUCACUAAAAGUCUAUGUAUUACAGAAAUACUAUAUUCUAUUUAACAUCUACAGUUAUAAUAGUCACCGUUUCUUAUCUCUUUUUGAAACACGUCAUCGGGAAACAUAAGUAAAUAUUUUGUUCACUGUACGUUCAUUCCUGCUUGACAUCACGUAUUUGAAGGUAUGUCUUGCUUUGUACAAUCAAGUAAAAAGUGAGUUUCGUUUUCAACAUAUAAAUUUAAUUACAUAACACCUUCAGCCAUCUUAUACUUAUACAAGAGCCAGAUUAGACCUAAAAUGGAAUAUUGUUAUCACAUAUAUCUGGACUGGAGCUGCCCAGAACUCCCUAAACUGCCUCAACCGUGUUCAAAAGCGCUUACAAAAUCUUGUUGGGAGUGACUUGUUCGCCACGCUACAACCACUCUCACAUAGGCGUAACGUUGCAAGCCUAGUGUUAUUUUAUCGCUACUUCCUCGGCAAAUGCUCCGUGCCGGAACUUCAUUCGCUAGUGCCCCCACUUCGAAAAUUCUCAACAAAGACACGUCUUGCCACUUCCACCGAAGCAAAUCACCCUUUCUUCCUCCAU